AUGGUUGUGAUCCAGAAGCUACUUGAGGCCCAAGGGAAAGGAGAGAGCUCCUCUCCAUCCACUGAGCAGGCAGCCAUCCAGACACAGACCUCCCCAGGACAACAGACCAAGAGAAGUGUUAGCAUCGCUGUUGGCACAGGUGCUAGUCUGUUCUGGGGCGUCCCUGUCGAUGCCCCUGCUCGCGAUGAGGAGCGCCCACAGCCAGAGUGGCACACCGACACAGGGCCUGGCGCUCCCGAUGGCAGCAGGGCCUCCUCUAGUCGGAGCUCUGGCAGUGCCAGCCUUACCCACAGCAGGCACAUAGAUGGCUCGGAAGAAGAGAGCGGGGUCAGAGAGAGACGGGUGUCAGGCACACCAUCCAACCAGUCAACGCACCAGAGGACUCAGUCAGCAUUUGGAGACUGUUCUUUCCAGAGUCCAGUGUUGGGGGAGAGUGCCAGCAUGUACUACCAGUCCCAGUCUCCACAGAGGGACGGCACCAAGAGUCAGGAGCCCAGGGCGGUGGAGGACGAUCAGCGGUUUUAUCAGGAUCUACUGGGCCAAGUGAACAGCCGUCUCCAGGGAUCAGUGAACGAGGAGGUCAAAGAGGAAGAAGAUCGAAGCACCUCGUACACACUGCGAGAGAGACACAGCUUGUCCCCUAGACAAGUGUCCCACUGUCAGUCUCAGCAGUCAUCCCCUAGCCCUGUUCCCGUCAGCUCCCGGAGGCCGGAGCCCAAAGUAGAGCAGCAGUCAGAAGGAAGGGACCAGGUGCUCCACGCCACGCUGCGCCAGCUGCAGCAGCUAGGGGUCAACGUGGACCUGGACUAUGCCGACCCCGGGGGCAAGACCACGCGCAGCUCUGUAGAGAGUGCCAGUACCCUGGCCGGCAUCAACCCAGAGGCGGUCAUCAGCAGACUGACCCUCCCAGAGUCGAUGGGGACCAGCAUGUGGGGCGGCAGCGUGGACCUCAGCCUGGAGGCCAACGCCAUCGCCCUCCGAUACCUAAGCGACCAGCAGCUCUCCAGGCUCUCUGUAGGGGGAGGGCAACAGCCCCCAGGGCCCGUCCCAGUUGUCAUCAUUCUGCAGCCAGGUGCCCUGGUCUAG